UUCGGUUCGGUGUGACGCGUUUUUCGUUCAACUCUGCUGUGUCACGAGUGUGCGCGGGAGCCCUUAUUGCUGCAAGCGUGUGACAGCUCUAUCUUUCGGAGUGAUUCCAACCUGAGUGACUUAAAUGCGCGUGCUGUUCUUGUGCAAUUGCAACAACCGCUUUUUGCGCGAUUUUGGCAAAUUCCAGCAGAGCGAACAUUUGGACUGGGGAGGAAUUGGGACGAGUUAAGAAUGCAUUCGCCGCUAGAGUGCUGAGUCGUCGUACUUCUAGCACUGCGAGGCAUUCGACCGAAGGGCUGAUAAGCCGUUGUAGUUUGAACCAGCAGUGUGAAUGUGGAUAGGCGGAAAAUCGUUACAACACUCACACGCCGAAUCAAUCAAUCAAACUGGGCUGAGGCUGGGCCAAAUUUCGACGAAAUUUGCUGCUGUGGUAGGAGGCUUGCAGGGUGCGGCAAGUUUGCGACAGCAAGUUGACUUAUAAAAUCUAGGCUAAGCUUGCGCUUACAUCGGUCAUAUUUUACCGAACGUAGGAAAACAAACGGUCACAAAGCAAACAUCGAGAAAAGAAGUAGUAUAUUUUAGCAACAACCGGCGGAGGCCCUACCGAAAAAAAAUACGUUCAGGAUGAGUGUCGCAGGCAAUUUCAGUGAUUUCGGCUCGGGAUCGCGAUUCGUGUUUCAGAUGGCUAUCGACGAGUAUCACGCGGGCCGGAACUGGUCCGGUUUGGUCGAUCGAUACUGGUUGAUCGUGGAAGAACUGAUUGCAGACCCUCGCGCCAAACACCUCCCCUUUAUGGACAAUCCACUACCGACGGUUUACCUGAUCAUCUGCUACCUGCUGUGGGUCCUGCUGCUUGGUCCGAUGUACAUGCGAGAUCGCAAACCCAUGGACCUGCGGCGGUUCAUCAUUUUCUAUAAUCUGUUCCAGGUGCUGCUGAGCGGGUACAUGUUUUAUGAGCAUCUGAUGGCGGGUUGGCUACAAGGGUACAGCCUGACAUGCCAAACAGUAGAUUAUAACGAUGGACCACUUUCGCGGAGGAUGUUUAAUCUUUGCUACGUGUACUACCUGUCGAAAUUGACCGAGUUCGCUGACACGAUAUUUUUCGUCCUACGGAAGAAGCAAUCCCAGAUCACGGAUUUGCACGUGUAUCACCAUUCGCUUACGCCCAUGGAGGCGUGGAUUCUGACCAAGUUUAUUGCAGGUGGCAACGCAACCUUUCCCAAUAUUAUCAACAAUUUCGUGCACGUGCUGAUGUAUUUCUACUAUAUGCUGUCCGCGAUGGGACCUCGCUAUCAGAAGUAUCUCUGGUGGAAAAAGUACAUGACCGAGGUUCAAAUUGUUCAGUUUAUCCUUUGCAUUGGCCACUGCAUCAACGCCCUAGUGUCGGGCUGUCCGUUUCCACGCUUCAUCUCCACACUGCUUCUCAUCAACGCAUCAAUAUUCCUGAUACUGUUCAUGAACUUUUACAUCCAAAGCUACAAACGGAGGCCGUCGGCACAGCCGGCGCUUGUAGCAGCCCAAGUCAGUGACAAGGACGCACCAUCGAUGGUGGAAGAUCUGCAGUGCAACGAAGAGUCUACGGUGAAGGAGGUUAACAAUAACAGUAUCCUGCUGAAGCAAGUCUCGGUGGAAGGGCCAGACGAUGAGGUUCCUCCUACCGCUAACGGUGACAUCGUUAGCAAAGUGGAAGUGGACGUGAACAGCCCCGGGGAGGAUUCCGAACCCGCCAGCGGUAUUGAACUGUCAAAGGAUGUGAUAGCCACAGUUGAUGGACUUCGACAGCGGAUAAUGGGUACCGAAGAAUUGCUUUCCGCUCGGGUGGAAAAAGCUGUCGCAGAAAAGUGUGACCAUUAGAUUUAGUUUUAAAAAGUGUAGAGUAUGGCGUGCGAUAGGUUCUUAGUUCGAUCAUGACAAUUCGAGACCAGAAUAAGGUCUCCGGGUGGUUUAGAGGCCGCAGUCGGGUUUAUCCUCAGGUUCGCUCACUGACGAAAAUAACAAGCAGCAUACGCUGAGAAACGCCUACAGCUGGCUGUAAAUAGCCUUUAAAUAGUUUAGUAACUUUAGUACUAGAAAAACUCGCUAAACAAACAGGCACAUUUCGAUUUAUGUGUACUAUUCCCGUGCAAGAUACGGGGCAUUUUGCUAUAUCUGUGGUAUCAAAGUUAAGCGGAAUAUCUUACACGAUUAGGCAAUUAUGUGUUCAAUGACAAGUUUGAUUGAGGAUCAAAGUUAAAUGAUUGAAACGAAAAACAUAUUGACGCAAAAAAUCGACCUUAAAAAUUAUCUGUUAGACGAGUAAACGUGUGUCUAAUUAUAAUGUCUAGUCUAGAACAAUUUUCAACUUCAGUUAGUGUUUUUUAAAGCCUUUCGUACCGUUAAACACUCAGGAGGAUAGUGAGAGAGGAAAAAAAUAACGUUUGCUCAAACCAUUAGAUAGUCGAUUUCAACACAACCCCAUACCCCCAAUAGACGCUAUAGAUAACAGUACAGAAAGUAUUUCCCCGUUCGCGUUGCAUUAUCGUUUAGAUUUUUAGUGUGCGCAAGUGUGCACUGAACGACGACUGAACAACGGUGCAAGUUCCGGAUUCCUGUCGGGAGCGCGGAAAAUUAGUUUCAUUGACGGCGACGAAUGCCGAACAGAAAAAGUUCAACCAUUAGCGAGUAAGCAAACUGUCCCAUCGGAAAUGUGACGGAGUUAGUUAGGGGAGAUAGAACUUCGGACAGCGAUUGUCAGAUUGAUGGUGACACGAUCAGAACAAAAAAAAAACAC